GGAAAAUUUCCGAAAACAAUUUUCGUACACCAGAUGGCGGUAUGAGUAGCGGCAAGAUCGUUUUGUAGUCGUUUGGCAUGUUUGGUUGAUACGAGGAUCUAAUAAAACAAUGGAUACCGAUUUAUAUGAUGAAUUUGGAAAUUAUAUUGGUCCCGAAUUAGAAAGUGAAUCGGAAGAAGAAGAAGAGGAAUACGACAGGCAAGAUGCUGACGUUCAGGAAUAUCACGAGGAGGAAGUUAUGGAAGAAGGAAGAGAUGAAGAUGAAGUACCUCAAAUGCAGGUUGUAUUGCAUGAGGACAAAAAGUAUUACCCAACAGCGGAAGAAGUUUAUGGUCCUGAAGUUGAAACAAUUGUUCAGGAAGAAGAUACACAAGCUCUUACUGAGCCAAUUAUUGCUCCGAUCAAAUCAAAGAAAUUUUCACACAUCGAACAGGAUCUACCCAAUACAACAUACGAUUUAGAAUUUCUUGCUGAUUUAAUGGAUAAUUCUAACCUGAUAAGAAAUGUUGCAUUAGUUGGUCACCUUCAUCACGGGAAAACAUCAUUUGUGGAUUGUUUAAUUGAACAAACACAUCCAGAUCUGAGAACGAGAGAAGGAAAACGGUUGAGAUAUACAGAUACUCUUUAUACAGAACAGGAGAGAGGUGUUAGCAUCAAAGCCACACCAAUUACUUUUGUUCUGCAAGAUUUAAAAGGGAAAUCAUAUUUAAUGAAUGUGUUUGAUACACCCGGACAUGUUAAUUUUUCUGACGAAGUUACUGCUGCUAUUAGAUUGUGUGAUGGAAUAGUUCUGUUUGUUGAUGCUGCAGAAGGAGUAAUGCUAAAUACCGAAAGACUACUGAAACAUGCUGUUCAAGAACGUCUCGCCAUUACUAUCUGCAUUAACAAGAUAGAUAGACUGAUGAUGGAAUUAAAAUUGCCUCCUCAAGAUGCAUAUUAUAAAUUAAGACAUAUUGUUGAAGAAAUUAAUGGAUUAUUGAGUAUGUAUUCAGACGAAAGUGAUCAUCCAGUGAUUUCACCACUAUUAGGAAAUGUGUGUUUUGCUAGUUCACAGUUUAGUAUGUGCUUUACUUUACGAUCCUUCGCCCAACUCUACUCUCAGGCUUAUGGAGGUAUUAAUGCGAGCGAAUUUGCACGAAGAUUAUGGGGAGAUAUCUAUUUUAAUAGUAAAACGAGAAAAUUCACUAAGAAACCACCUCACAGUACAGUGCAAAGGAGUUUUGUAGAAUUCAUUUUAGAACCAAUUUAUAAAUUGUUUGCUCAGGUUGUUGGAGAUGUUGACAGUGCUCUUCCAAUGUUGUUGGAAGAACUAUGCAUAAAAUUGUCUAAGACAGAAACAAAAUUAAAUGUACGACCUCUGCUCAGAUUGAUAUGCACUCGUUUUAUGGGGGAUUUUAAUGGUUUUGUGGAUAUGUGUGUCAAUCACAUUCCAUCACCCUCGGCAAAUGCCAAGACAAAAGUAAAGCAUAUUUACACUGGAUCCAGUAGUUCUGAUUUUGCAAAUUCAAUGGCCGAGUGCAGUUCUGAUGGUCCUCUGGUUGUUCAUACGACAAAGCAAUAUUCUACUCAUGAUGCUACUAGCUUUCACGUAUUUGGGCGAAUUCUGAGUGGAACUUUGCAUGCCAACCAGGAUGUCAGAAUUCUUGGAGAAAAUUACACUUCGACAGAUGAAGAAGACUCUCGCAUUUUAACUUGUGGAAGAUUAUGGAUAUACGAAGCUAGGUAUAAAAUUGAAGUAAGUAGAGUUCCUGCUGGAAACUGGGUCUUAAUUGAAGGAAUAGAUCAGCCCAUAGUAAAGACGGCCACGAUAGUCGACGUUGGUGAACAAGAAGAACUGUUUAUCUGUCGCCCUCUAAAGUUUAACACUCAAUCUGUCAUAAAAAUUGCUGUAGAACCUGUGAAUCCAUCAGAAUUGCCAAAGAUGUUGGAUGGACUCAGAAAAGUCAACAAAUCUUACCCAUUAUUAAGUACAAAGGUAGAAGAAUCUGGUGAACACGUUGUUCUCGGCACUGGAGAACUCUAUUUAGAUUGCGUAAUGCAUGAUUUACGUAAAAUGUAUUCAGAAAUAGACAUAAAAGUGGCUGAUCCUGUCGUCUGCUUUUGUGAAACUGUCGUAGAGACUUCUUCUUUGAAAUGCUUUGCGGAAACACCAAAUAAGAAAAAUAAAAUCACCAUGAUCGCUGAGCCUCUGGAGAAGGGACUGGCCGAAGACUUAGAAAAUGAAGUUGUACAGAUCACCUGGAAUCGUAAGGCUCUCAGUGAAUUUUUCCAAACCAAAUACGAAUGGGAUCUCCUGGCGUCUCGAUCCAUUUGGGCAUUUGGUCCCGACUCAACCGGUCCUAACAUCCUGGUAGACGACACGCUUCCUUCCGAAGUGGACAAAAACUUAUUAAAUAUGGUCAAGGACAGUAUCAUUCAAGGUUUUCAGUGGGCUACUAGAGAAGGCCCACUCUGUGAAGAACGUAAGUUAUAAUUUUUCUCUAUCCUA